AUGUCCGCCGAGGUCAAACUCCUCCAAGGCAUCGGGCUACUUUACCUAGUGCUCGGAAAGGCACUGGAAAAUUCGCAAACCUACAAAAUCGACUGGAACGUCGGCUAUGCCAUUUUCUUGAUAUCGUACGGUUGGGAGGUAGGCCGCAGGAUUAAGGACGAGUUAAUGAAGAGAAAUUCAAGCCUCUUCGGUUCGAUGGCCGCCCAAUUCACCACGCUGCUUCCGAUUUAUGACCUGGUGCUGCUGGGCCUUUCGGUGGCAAGCUUGUUUUUGUACCAAGGUCCCGCCCGAAAAUGCGCCGAGAAAAACGCUGGGCUAGCGUCGCUCGGAUUUGGAAACUGGGACAUCGCCUAUAGAGAGAUUUUGCAAAAGAGGCUGCAUAAAGAUCGAGUUCAUACACAAGACUGCGACCACCCGUUCGAUUACUUCUGGAUCUGCUGCCUGCUCUAUCAAGCCAUUUUCCAGCUUUAUUUUGUGUUUUUCGUCUCCCAAAGGCUCAAGAGAGAGCGACAAGAAAAAUUCGAGCAUGCCACACUUGCAAUCCUGACGGUUCUCAACUUCUGGGGCAGCUUUGGGAACUUCAAGCUUGGCAGAUUCUGGCUCUUCUGGUUCGGGGCAUUAAUCGCCAACCUACUACCACUUCAUUUUAACACGGACGAGCUGAAACGAGAGGAGUCGAAAAGCAUGUCAAGCAUAGAAACCUGCGGAACCAGCUACACCCUGUCCUCCCGAAAGACCCUGGUAACAGCUUGGCCUAGGGAUGAGAAACCGCCUCAAAAAGACGCCUGGCUCAAAGUGUUCCCGAAAAUCUUUAAAAUCACCGGCUACAUCUUGGUGCUCGUCUUCUUUUUUCCGUUCACGAUGAGGCGGGGGGCUGAGGAAGUGAUCAUCUGCGCAGCCGUCUUGGCCGUGCUGAUCAGCUCGCUCAUGGAGAGACCGCUGAGAUUCGUUGAAAACAUUGGAGUACUAGCUGGCACGCUGCUGUGGGCUGUCUUCCUCCUCAUCCACCCAAUACAGUUCGCCGUCCGCCGUGCCGCCCUCGUACCCCCGGCUGACGAGGCCGGUCUCGUCCUCCCGCUCGCCUUCUGUGCUGGCAUCGUCCUCCACUUCGCGUUCGCGCGUCCCGUCGCGAAGAUGGAGAACAAGCAAAUUUACUAUACCAUCGCUGGCCUCUUCAUCCUAACGCUCUCCCCCUAUGCUUACUGUGAAUACCCGGAAGGCGCAGGGGAGCAUAAAAUCCUGCUUGUUGGUGACUUCUACGCUACAACGGAUGCACCGUACCUAUUUAAGCAAUUCUCCUUGCGCUACGACAAAUUUCGGGUAUUUGCCGAGCGGGGGUACCAUCCGCUCAAUUUUGGAUAUGGGAAUCAUCCAAAGGAACACAACAAGCUCAUCAAAAUCCUGCGCCAGUUCCGGCCGACGGCGAUGAUUAUUGAGCAAGAUUUCGCCGGCGAGCGGAUGGGAAUUCCGCUAAAUGGCAGUGAUCCGAUGAUGGCGACGUACCGCGCCAACAUCAACACUUUCUUGAAGCUGAAUGUCUCUAGAAUAAUUGUGACCGGAGCCCGGGCUAGGACCAGACCCGAUGGACAUCUGAAGAGAUUGGAGAACUUCCUCAAGGCACCUGAAGACGUCCCGUUAGCCGAGUUCACCCAGAAUUUGGCGCUGGCCCGCGGCUACUCCUACAAACGCCUGAAAAGCAUACACGAGAAGGUGACGCCCGUGUAUUUGGAUGAGUUCUUCCAGAUUGGGAACAACAUGACGUUCGUCGAUCCGCUGAGUUUUGUGGCGUACUUCGACGAUCGAAUGGCAUUGACAGAUCUGGGGGCAAAGAUGGCUGCAAAAUAUUUCUCUAAAAUCUGCGACGUGGCGCUGGGGAUCGACGAGAUUGAUGACGAAUAUUUGGACGAGGGCUUCGAGCCUACCGUAUCCCCUCCUGAGGAA